GCUGAAAGUGACCAGGAGAGAAAGCACCAAAAGCUUCUGGAUGCAAUUACUUCUUUGGAUGGCAAGAAAAGGCGUAGGAUAGCAGAGAGGUCUGAGGCAACCCUGCAAGUAUCUGAAUUUGGCAUUAGCUCUGAAGGUGCAGGUGACAAGAUUGAAUUGUACGAGUUACUGGGGAAAUUGGAAUCUGCCUCUCCUUCUCUAGCAACAGUAAAGAAGCAACUUAAUAAACUCAGAAACAAGAACAGAACAUUAGAAGUACCCCUUAGCAAACAGGAGACUGAAAAGGCCCAGAGAGCAGCAGCUUUUGUCAAGGCACGCCAGAAUGUCAAGAAGUGGGAUCGAGUUGUUCUACAGAACCGGAAGGCAGAGCAAUUGGUCUUUCCACUUUCUCAUGAACCUGUGAAAACACAGCCUUUGGAGCUGGUUGUUUCUGGAUGGAAGGCACGGACCCCACUGGAAGAGGAGAUAUUUAAUCUGCUCCAUAAGAACAAGCAGCCAGUUACAGAUCCCCUUCUGACACCAGCAGAGGAAGAUUCACUGAAAGCGAUGAGUCUAGAAGAGGCCAGAAUGCGUCGUGCUGAGUUGCAGAAGGCCAGAGCACUUCAGUCAUAUUAUGAGGCAAAAGCACGAAGACAAAGAAAAAUCAAGAGCAAAAAGUACCACAAGUUAAUGAAAAAAGCAAAACAGAAAGAGGUCUUGAAGGAGUUUGAUGAGCUGCGGAAGAAAAACCCUGAAGCUGCACUAGAGGAAUUGCAAAAAAUGGAAAAGCAAAGAAUUCAGGAACGUAUGACACUGAAACACCAGAACAGUGGGAAAUGGGCCCGCAAUAAAGCCAUCAUGGCAAAGUAUGACUUAGAGGCUCGCAAGGCAAUACAAGAACAGUUGGAGAAAAAUAAGGAGCUAACAAAAAAAACUGUAGUAAUAUCUGACAGUGAAGAGGAGAAAGGAGAAGCUGAGGAAGAGAUGACUGUCCCUGAUUUUGUCAAUGAUGUAGAGGCACCUUGUGAAGGGGCCAAUCCAUGGAUGCAGGGCAAGCUGACCAGGGAGACAGGGGUACAAGAACAUACUAUGGAACCCUCUUCAGUACAGGAGGAGGCAAAAAUGAUGGAAAGUAAGGAAGAGGAGGAAGGUGAGGAAGCGCUGUCUGAGGAUGAAGCAUUGUUACAAGAAUUUGAGGAACGGCGGCACUUGCGGAAGCGAAACAAUGACAUGGUUCCGGUUACUUGUGAAGAGUCUGUGGAAAUUGAUUCUGGUGGGAAGAUGGAUCAGACCACAGAGAUGACUGCUGGAGAUGGACUGGAAGAAGAAGAGGAAGAAGUGGCAGAAUUUAACGGCCUUUUUCAGAAGUUGGAAAAGAAAAAAGAUACUCCAAAGAAUGCAAAGGUUGUGGAAGUAAUUCAGCCCGAAGUAUGUGAAAUAGAUAAUCUUGAAAAGGAGGAGGAGCCUAUGUUGGAUGAAACAUUAGAACGGAAACAAACCUUUGAGGACAUGGCAACUUUACACGAAGAAGAAGAUAUGAAAAAAGUGUACACCCCAAAGAAAAUGGACAGUCCUGGUCCAAAACACACAGACAGUCUGAAUAAGGAAAAUGUAGUCAUUGACCCUUCUAAGGUGAUGGUAGUACCAACAACAGUGAUACAGUCUGCUUCCGUUCCUUUGACAGUUCAGGAAGAAGAAGAGGGGGAAGAUGACCAGAGGAUUAUCAUUAAAGAAGCUUUUGCAGGAGAUGACGUAAUUGAUGACUUUGUUAAGGAAAAGCGCUCUCGGAUAGAAGCAGACAAACCAAAGGACAUUGAUCUCACACUUCCAGGAUGGGGUGAAUGGGGAGGAGUUGGACUGAAGCCUAGCCAAAAGAAAAGGAAAAGGUUUAUUGUGAAAGCUCCUCCUGCAACUGUUAGAAAAGACCAGCGUCUCCCCAAUGUAAUCAUUAAUGAGAAGAGGGUUGCAGCCACAACAGCUCAUCAGGUGAGUGAACUGCCUUUUCCAUUUGAAAGCCGUCAGCAGUUUGAGAGAAGCCUUCAAGCUCCAAUUGGUAACACCUGGAACACACAACGAGCUGUGCAGAAACUUACAGCUCCCAAGGUCAUCACCAAGCUUGGCUGCAUUAUUGAUCCCAUCUCUGAGCAUGUUACCUUUUUGCAGAAGAACACAUCCAGAGUCCCAGAGGUUGAUAUUAAACUGCAUACACACAGGGACCGUAAACACAACUGGAAAGGAAAAAAUGCUGCCAAAAAGAGGACUGAGAAAUAGUUCUCCCAUUGUUUGCUAGAACAUUUAAACAUUAUACAGCUGCCAUGGUCAUCACCAAGUUUGAUUCCAUCAUUGACCCCAUGUCUGACGAGGACACUUUCACUUUCCUAUACAAGAAGGUUCAACAAUGACAUCAGACUGCAAAUGGCACCUGAUGGGGAAAAAAAAGUGCUUCCAACAAAAGGGCUGAGAAAUAGUCCUGUUUUCACUUAGUGCUAUUUGGACCCACUAAACAAGUGAAGAAUUUAGUGAAGUCUGCUUGUGACCUGAAAUUUUGCUCAUGCAGACCUGCUGAAACUGAAAACAAUGUUUCUACUAUUCUGGCUGUUGUGCAUAUUUGUGUAAGUGAGGAGAUGUUACAUAAAUUAAACUUUUCCUUGAACGUUAA